UGAAAUGAAAAAUUGAAGGAAAAAACCAAGCAUUAAUCUUUGCUACCAACGUGAAGAAAUUGUAGGGUGUUUAAUGAAAAUAAUGAGUGUCGAGUGCAGUUAAUAGAAGUCAGACUUUCCCUUUUCUUUUCCCUUUUUCUAUUGUUUUAAACUGGACAAAGAACUGAAAAAAAGAAAUAAACGAAAAAGAAAAAAUCGAAAAUCAGAAAUGGAUCCUCGUCUCUGGCACAAAGUUGCAGCUAUCUCAGCUGCUCUAGGGCUCGGAACCUAUGGCGCUCAUGGUUUCAAGCCAAAGAACCCUUCCUACAACGAUGUGUGGCGUACAGCAAAUUUGUACCAUUUGGUUCACACAGCUGCUUUACUCGCCGCUCCUAUUACUUCACGCCCUAAUAUUUUUGGAGGCCUUUUGACUACUGGAAUCCUGGCAUUUUCGGGGACGUGCUAUGCAGUUGCAUACCUAGAAGAUAGAACAUAUUCUCGGUUAGCCCCCUUCGGAGGAUUUGCCUUCAUUGGCGCUUGGGCAAGCUUGAUGUUCUGAGCAGUUUCAUCUCUCAAAAUAACAUGUUGUAAUUGCUAUUUCUAUUGAGAAAUCUGUCUGUUAGCUAUAUAAUGUACUUUGUAUACUGCUUUUUCAGUAUGUAUUUCAGUGAAUAAUCCGUGUAAAGAGAUUUUUCUGUCAUAAAGUUACAUGAAGUGUGAAUUCAUUCA